GCAACAGGUCAUGUAGGAAUGCGUUUCUCGGCAUAACACCCCUCGCAGUCUUUUGGUGUCGGCAGGCCGUCUCUUCUGAAAGAAGGUUGGAAGUCAUAACAGUUUUUCUGCAGGACCCUAAUGAUGUCAGCAGUGUUAGUAGUUCACGGUGGUGCCUGGGCCAUACCAGAUGAGAUGGCCCCUGGCUCUGUUGAUGGGGUAAAAGCAGCAGCACGCCAUGGAGCUUCAGUCCUGAAAAAUGGAGGAAGUGCACUUGAUGCUGUUGAGGCUGCUGUUAGGGCUUUGGAAGACAAUCCCAUUUUUAACGCAGGGCAUGGAGCAACACUAAAUAUUGAUGGAGAAGUGGAGCUGGAUGCCAUUAUUGUGGAUGGAACGACACUUGCCAGCGGGGCGGUGUCUUGUGUAAAAAACAUUGCUAACCCUGUGUCCCUGGCAAGAGCUGUCAUGGAGAAGACAACUCACGUAAUGCUGACUGGUAAAGGUGCAAACCAGUUUGCGGAGAGCAUUGGCAUCAACACCGUUCCCACUGAUAAACUGGUGACAGAAUAUGAGAAGAAGGAAUGGGAAAAGCACAAGCAAUACUUUGCAGGAGUAAUGCAAGAAUUCAACACUAAAUGGGCUCAUGAGACCGUUGGGGCGGUAGCUGUGGACUGUGCUGGGAAUGUUGCAUGUGCAACAUCAACUGGAGGCAUCAGGAAUAAAAUGGUCGGCAGAGUUGGAGAUUCUCCUGUGAUUGGCUGUGGAGGAUAUGCUGAUAACUCAAGUGGUGCUGUAUCAUGUACUGGACAUGGAGAAUCUAUUCUUAAAGUGACUCUAGCCAGACUCAUCCUAUCUCAUGUCGAACAAGGAAAAUCAGUAGCAGAUGCCUCACAGUUGUCCCUGCAGUACAUGGGUGAUCGUGUCCAAGGAGCAGGUGGCACAAUUGUAGUUGCUCCGUCAGGGCAGUGGGCUGCAACAUUCACCACCAAGCGGAUGGCUUGGGCUGCUGCUGUAGAUGGUGUGCUGUGGUUUGGCAUAAACCCAGAAGAGAGGCUGAAAGAGAAACUGUCCCAGUAGAAGAAGGGUUUUUUAAUUAUUUCUUUGAGUAGUAGAUGACAUGCAUUUCAAAAGUACUGUGUUCUCUUUUAUAGAAGUAUUUUUCUUUCACUCAGUGCAUAUUAGUGAACAAUGGACUUUAAUUAAAUAUGUGCACAAUAAUAAAAUGAAUGUAUUUGCUUUCAUUUGAAAAAUAUAAAUGGAAAGUAUGUUUAUG